AUUUUCUUUGUUCCGAGUAUUUACUCUACCAUGUCAGACGAGGACGAAAACGAUUUCGGUGAUGAGAAUCACUUUGGGGAAGAGCUUGAGGAAAUGGAAGAAGAAGAUACAAGUUCAAUGUAUUUGCCAACAGCUUUUAUUUUAUUUCGAACGGAACCAACGGCUUAUUUAAUCUACUAGUUUUUUUUUUUUUUUUAUAUAUAAAUCUUAACCGAUUGUGCUUGUUGUCUGUUCACUGAGAUAGCGAUGAUGCUACGGACUUAGAUGUAGAGUACGACAGAGACAGCAAGACCGGUCCAAAUCCUUUCUUUUCACAGGCAUCUAGUACUGCGUUUCUAUUCCGAAACUCAAUUUCUUGUUGACCUAACAUUGUUAGAAGCAAACAACUGAUCGAUCAAUAAAGUAGUGUAUGUUAUAGCUAUCUGAUUGAUUUUGCAACUUUGAUGUCUUUUGGAAAUAAGAAAAAUCUCUGUUUGGGAAGCUAAAGAAACAUGAAUGUGUCUGACUUCUUACACUCUCGUGUGUUAUGGUAGCCGGAAACGAUUUGAAAUCCCUAAAUGUAAAAGACUGCAAAGCGUACCUGAGAAAGCAUGGUCUCAGAUUAUCUGGCACAAAAGCAGUUUUUUUAUUGAGAGAAUUCUUGAGCAUUGGAGGAUAAGAGAUGGGAGGGGAGAAUCACUUUAUCCAAGAUCAUCUUUUGCUAUAAACUGUAAAGGUGAUGUUUGCAAAGGAGACAUUGUUUUGUUUACACAAAUGGUUCAUCACAAGUACGAAAAGAUGAAAGGGAGUGAGGAUAUUAUGGGGAUAAGAACUGUCGCUGGCAAGGUUGUUAAAGAAAGCUACGGUACUGCUAAACAGCAACACACUUUCACUAUUGAAGUCCUUUGGUGCGAGGGGAUGCAGAAAUUGCCUCCGUUGUACCCUUUACUAGUGAAAGGACGGAAUCUCUAUGGGUUACUGACCUUGAGGCAGCGAUGGGCUAAUGAAGAAGACAGGGUAAAGGUUCUUUCUGAAAAACAUUGCCGUGGUGCCGCAGCAAGGAAGGUUAUGAGAGAAAGGAAAAUAAAGUCAGGCUAUGUCCAUAAAGGUGAGAUUCGGUCAUCUUCUUGGUUUUAUACAUCACAUAUACAUUUCUAGAAUAUACGUCGUGUACAGUUGUUACAGAAGAUACUUUAUGGUUGUUCGUCGUCCCACAUCGAUAAUCGUUGAAACCCCAUAAGUAAAUGUACUGGAUUUCGAUUUUUUUAAACAAAAAAUAUGUUAAACAUUACCAUUACA